GAAUUAACGUGCAGUGACAGACAACAGCAAGAUUUGUUCUAUAUAUAGGAAGCCAUUGAAGGGCUACGCAAGUAAGUUUACCAGCUGAAUACCCAAAAUGGUUAGAAGUCCUUGCUGCUCAAAAAUGGGCCUCAAUCAAGGAGCUUGGACAGCCAAGGAGGACUUGAUUUUGAGUCAGUACAUAAAAACUCAUGGAAAUGGUGGUUGGAGAUCUCUUCCCAAAAAAGCAGGUCUAAAUCGGUGUGGAAAGAGCUGCAGAUUGCGCUGGUUGAACUAUCUCCGGCCAGAUAUUAAGCGUGGAAACAUCUCAAGUGAUGAAGAGGAACUUAUAAUCAGAUUACAUCGUCUCCUUGGCAACCGGUGGUCUCUGAUUGCAGGAAGGCUACCUGGGCGAACAGAUAAUGAAAUAAAGAAUUACUGGAACACCCACCUAAGAAAGAAGCAUGAAACUGCCAAAAAAUAUGAAAAUGUCAAGACUGCCAUUAGAAGAGGAACAGUUGGUUCUAGUGGAGAAGAUAAUGAUGAUAUUGUUAAACCUAAGCCUGUGAGAGGUUCUCAAAUAGCAAUACCCAAUCACAGUGUCAUGAAUAACUGUGUGAAUAAUGGUAUUCCAGAUUAUGGCUCCAAAUCACUUUGCAAGCUUCUUCUGGGUGAUUCAGAUCCUAGUGCCUUUCAAUUAAUCCAACAGAACUCUGAGAUUUUCGAGGGGAGUAAUAAUAACAUUGCAGAAGACAAUUCAUUGAAUCUAAAUGAGCUGCCAAAUACACACUGCAAUAUGUUUUCUGUUCCAUCUGAUUUCAGAUUUGAAGAUUAUGGGGAAGGAAUGUCAGAGAUUUAUAAUGGCCCGCAACAGAUAGAUUGGAUAAAUGAACUGGAAUACAUGUGAGAAAAUUGUAGGGAAGGAUCAAAUAUGCUUCCAUGAUAUUAAGAGUCAAUAGAAAUUGUAUCCAAUUUAUCAGAAUGAUAUGUUGUACUAAAUGGGUAUUAUUCCACUUUAACUUGGAAACAAAUUGUAUUCUUGGCAACAUGGCUAUAAAAUAUUCAGUAGAGAUAUCA